UUCAUUUGAGCAUACUAAUCUAGAUGUUGCUUGGUUUCUGUACAAACUUGGAUGGAUAAUAAAGCAAGGUCCUACAAUCCGAGAUGCCAACUUACAAAAAUAACAUCUAAACUGUCCUUCUUUUUUUUCCCCAAGAUAUCAAGAGAAGUAUCCCUGUCCUAGUGUCCUCUCUUCUUCUUUUUUUUCACUUAUUGUUCCCAUGAUAAUAUUGUCUUUUACUGUACAAAUAUUGUUUAAGAUAUACCUAAAAAGAAAUCAAUAUUAAAGAAGAGAAAAAUACGAACGACGAGAAAUAUAUAAAGGCAAGUGACAGUGUGAGAGGGGGGGCGGAACCGAAAGCACCCAAAGACCCCCAGGAAAUUUCUCUCUCCGGCUUCGACAUGGCCUCUCCUCCUCCUCCUCCGCCGCCGCCCCCCCUCCCGCAGUUACCGGCGCCGUCGAAGGAUUCCAGCCACCGCGGCCCUCCGUCCUCCCCUUCUUCCUCGUUCGCUUACAACCCCAGCCUCUACAUCAUCGCCGCCAUUCUCGCCUUGGUCUUCAUUGCCUCGGCCGCCAUCCACCUCCUCCUUCGCUUCCUCUCUCGCUCCUCCUCUUCCUCCUCCUCCUCCUCCUCGUCGUCGGCUCCGCCGCUUAUCCACCACAGCCACCCCUCCUCCGCCGCCUCGACGGCGCUCUCCGACCGGGAGAAGGCGGCUCUGAUCGAGUCCCUCCCGCUCUUCUCCCUGGCCUCCUCGGUCGCCGUGUUCCCUAAGGCGUCGCCCGACUGCGCCGUCUGCCUCUCCCCCUUCCAACCCCACGACGAGCUCCGCCUCCUCCCCGCUUGCCGCCACGCCUUCCACUCCCCGUGCAUCGACACCUGGCUCCGAUCCACCCCAUCCUGCCCUCUCUGCCGUUCCUCCAUCACCAUCCCCGCCCCUCCCAUCCCGCCGAUGCCCCCGGCGGCGGACGCCGCGAACAACCCUCCCAGAUCCAGCAGCUUCCGCGUCGAGAUCGGCAGCGUCAGCCGCCGGAGAACGUCCACAGAGUUGGACCCCGCCGGAGCUGGCACCUCCCUCCCCAAUCCCCCGCCGCCGCCGCCGCCGCCGCCGCACCUGCGAUCCUACUCGCUGGGGUCGUCGUUCGAGUACGUGGUCGACGAGGAGGUGGAGGCGGUGGUGGCCCGGAUCCGGAGGGCCAAGGAGAACAAGGCGGAGCCGGCGGGGCCUCCGCCGCCCGGGGAGGAGGUCGCGGAGGCUGCCGGAGGAGGGGGAAGAAAUUGGCUGAAGGAGUACGUGGACCGGCUGACCUCAUCAGCGUCGUCCUCCUUCUCCUCGCUCCGGUUCUCCGGGCGUUGGAGCCACCGCUACGACGACGACGGCGGCGGCGGCGGAGGCGGAGGACGGGACUCGUGGGACUUGGAGGGAAACUAUCAAGACGGGGAGGGAGAGGAGAGCGGUUACUACGCCUUCUACCGAUGGCUCGUGGGGGUAUAGUUGUAAAUAAAUCCCAUUCUUCCUUUUACUUUAAUCCCUCAGGUGCCCUCCAUCGAAGCUUCUUCAGGAUAAAAUCGGGCAACGAAAGGAGCCACAGCGUUCGGAUGAAAUUACAGGUAAUGCCAUCACGGCGUUCGCCGUCUCUAACUUCCCUCCCACCGCGAUUUGCUCCUUCGACGACGGGUCGACCGGGGGGUUUAUAAAUAGCUUGCGAACCCGCCAAGUGGAAUUAAAGGCGUAUGUUAAAUGUGUGGGGGUGGCGGGGUCCACAGCAGGGGAGCUUUAUCGUCUUGGAGUUUUUUGCGCGUUCCCGAGAGAUUUAUUGCAUCCGGGGCGCUCCACACCCGAGCCUUCGUCCUUGAAUCUCCGUUGCAUUCUUUUUUUUGAAUCCAGAAGGCGAACGGAGUGAGAAUAAGGCAUGGUUUGGCUUAGAGAGACGGUGGAAUUGAAUGGUGUCACUUGAUGAGGGGAGACCACCCCUCGCCCUCUCUUUGAAUGCUCUCAUUAAUAGCUCAUUGUUUCACCGCCAGGCACCAGCGCCCAAAUUAGUUGAAUGUGCUCAAAGCUUUAGAUGUGGGUUGUAAAUUUCUUUCAACCAAGAAAAUAUUGAAUGCGUGCUGCUGCUGCUGCUGCUGCUGCAGCACUUAUUAUUUGCUUACUUUUUUUUAUGCGUUACUCCAUGUUAUUGUAAUUAAACGGUUAGCACGAAGAAUAUGAUUAUUUUAUGCGGCAAGUAUUGUAAUAGUUAACACUAUCA